CCAAGAAGGGAGUGAAACCAAAGGCACACUGGCGGAAGUGCUGCUUCCUCGUGCUUCCGGUUGGUACCUGGACCGAAGCUAUAAAAAAGCCAUUUACUUGAAGGUGUGAUGGAUCCUCUGCGGGCUCAGCAGUUGGCAGCUGAGCUGGAAGUGGAGAUGAUGGCUGAUAUGUACAACAGAAUGACCAAUGCCUGCCAUCGUAAAUGUGUUCCUCCUCACUACAAGGAAGCUGAACUGUCGAAAGGGGAAUCCGUGUGCCUGGAUCGCUGUGUCUCCAAGUAUUUGGACAUUCAUGAGCGCAUGGGCAAGAAACUGACAGAACUCUCAAUGCAGGAUGAAGAACUGAUGAAACGGAUGCAGCAAGGGACUGGACCUGCCUGAAGUCCGGCUUCUGAUUCUCCAACCUAUCUCCACACCUUGGGUCUGGACUGGUGUUAAUUCUUGCUUUUGCCAGUAAAACAUCCAUACUGUGUUUCCUCCACCAGCUGCUAAUGGGGGUGAAGCUCUGCCUGCCUUUUUUAGGCCUAAUAAAUGAUUAUGCCUUGUGAAGGAAAACAA